AUGCUGACCCCAGUCACGCUGGAGCUCGGCGGCAAGAGCCCCGCCUUCGUCGACCGCGGCCUCAGCGACGAGGUCCUCGAUGGCGCUGUGCGCGAGAUCCUGGAGACCAAGGUGGCCAAGACAGGCCAGUUCUGCUGCGCGCACGACUACGCCCUCGUGCACGAAGGAAUAUUCGAGGAUUUCUGCGCCAGAUUCAAGACCGCUGUCGAGGCUCUGGGACCCAAGCGGAACGUGCUCAUGAUCGGUCGCCGCCACUACGACUCCGUCAAGGCGUCUGUGGACAGCUGGGGGAGUUCAGCAUCAUAUUCUUCUGGAGGGGGCAGGAAGGGGGUGGAAGAGGAUGAUGAUGAUGAGGACACUUUUGCGAUCUAA